AUGGCUGCCUCAUCCAGUCAACCUGAGACCAUGAAAGCAGAAUGUAGUCUCGACAACCCAAAGGUUUAUUCUUUUUUCUUUAUUCUUUUUUUAAAUAAGCUGUUCUUUAUUCCUAUUACACUAUAUACAGUGUCAUUUCUUGGCCUUUGAAGAGAACUUUACGAUUACUUGGUGAUGUGUCCCAAAAAGAAACAUUAAAAGUUGCCAGAUGCAGUGUAAAAACUGCUUUCAUCAAGAGAACAGUAAUCUACAUGCAAUGGUGUGAUCGUGUCGUUUUGGUGCAUGGGUGCGGUGAAAAUCAGGAAUAGAGUGGAGAUUACAUUUAGGGCAUUAAAUUUUGUUUGUUUGAUUAAUAAUAAAAUAAAGAAUAUUGUUGACAUGCCUGAUUAAUUCCUUUUUGAUAGAAGGGGUUUGUUUCUAAAGACACUGUAAUACGUGUUACUAUGAUAGGGAAUUGGAGUGAUUAGAAAAUUUGGCUAUUCUACCCCAGUAUCAAUGUAGUUUACAACUUAUGUACUAGCAGUUGACAGUUAGCAAACCUGCUAUGUCUUUUGGUCUUGUAUCUCCUGCAUAUUCACUGUUAUUGAUAUUGUUUUUGUAGGCUUGUUAUUCUGAGACCAGUGAUCCAAUGUUGCAUGUCACUCUUCUUGGUGGUGAGUGGAGUUCAUCUGCUGGUGGGUUGUCAACAUUAAACAGGGAGCUUGCUAUUCACCUUUCAAAUCAUUCAGCAGUGAAGGUUUCUCUUCUAGUCCCAGAGGGAGCUUGUAAUUAUGAGGAAAAAAAUGAAGCCCAUACCUAUGGAAUCACUAUUGUUGAGGCGAAGAGACUUGCAGCAUUUGAUCGUCUUGAUUGGUUAAGCUUUCCACCCCAUGAGCACCUCAUGGAUAUCGUUGUUGGCCAUGGUGUAAAACUUGGUCGGCAAAUACAGGUCAUUAGAGACUCUGCUCGAUUUACAAAUUGUAAGUGGGUACAAGUGGUGCAUACUGCUCCAGAGGACUUAAGCAAGUACAAAUGCUAUGGUGACCCCAUUUCAAAAGGUGAAACAAAACACGAAUCAGAAGUUGAACUUUGCAGACUUGCGGAUCUUGUUGUCCCUGUGGGACCCAGACUGAACGAAGCAUACUCUUCAUAUUUACAGCGAUGUAAGACAGAUCAAGACGUUUUGUCCAUUACUCCAGGCCUUUUUCAAAGGGAGUUUGGGGAUUUAGUUGCAAAACAAGAUCCUAACGAGGAUGGAGAAUUCAAAGUGUUGUUAUUUGGUCGUGGGGAUGAUGAGGACUUUGAACUCAAAGGAUACAACAUUGCUGCUAAGGCAUUUACUGAUCAACGGUUAAAAAACAAACCUUAUCAUCUAAUUCUUGUUGGGGCACCUGAAGGAAAGCAAGAAGAAGUUAGAGAAAAACUUCUACAGCGUGGUAUUGCAGAAGCACAGUUGACUGUUAGAAAAUUUAUACAAAGUAGAGAGAGACUAAAAGAUUUGCUGUGCGAAGCUGAUCUUGUCAUAAUGCCGUCAAAAUCAGAGGGAUUUGGUCUUGCUGCACUUGAGGCCUUGUCUGCGGGACUACCCAUUCUUGUAGGCAGUAGGUCAGGAUUUGCCAAAGCAUUAGAAAAUGUUCCGAUUGGUUUUUCAUGCAUCGUGAAUUCAGAUGAUCCUGCAGCAUGGGCAGAAGCAAUAGAAGCUGUUCGCAGCAGGCAUCGAAUGCGGCUUCAAGAGAUAAAAUCACUGAGAGCAUUGUAUGGGGAGAUGUACAGUUGGAAGGAGCAAUGUGAAGCUCUUGUGAACAGAAUGCAGAGAAUGGGUCUUGGUAAGAGCUAUUUGCUAGUUGCUGAUGUAGUUAAUGAUUAUGUUGUACCAGACAUUACACAUGGUAAGAGUUAUUUGUUUAGUGCUGGUGUACUUAAUUGAUCAUCUUGUACCAGACCUCACACAUGGUAAGAGUUAUUUGCUAAGUGCUCGAUGUACUUAAUUGAUUAUGUUGUACCAGACAUUACACAUGGUAAGAGUUGUACCAGACAUUACCCAUGGUAUGAGUUAUUUGUUAAGUGCUGAUGUACUCAAUUGAUUAUGUUGUACCACAGACAUUACACUAAUAAAGUUUUCGUGGUAUAACAUACGCAAAUGAAAGAGUGCAGCGAUAGUCUUUCACAAGCACUGAAUACAUAUAGUUGUUUGACCACAUUUUCAUGUACGAAUUGUCCCAGAAUAUUUGACCACUAAAUUGAUUGCUAGGUAAAUAUUGCCAAGACAAUAACAUAAAGUUUCUUUGUUUACCUGUUUACCACUGUCACAGAGGGACUUCAUCUAAAGCCACUGCAGCUGUCUGCUGGCCCAAUUUUUUCUCUUCGAGUUCCUUCAUCCAUAAUUUGGGAAGCCAGCUCUCAGGGCUUCCGAAAACAAUUUUGCAAAAAGAGAAAGCAAUUUUUCCUCGUUCUCGUCCGAUUCUUUUCCGAUUCCUUUGGUUGCAGCCGAGAACUCUGGUCGUUUUAUCUGUUCGACCAUAGUUAAUGGAGGUGAAUGGUUAUGAAGCCCGGCAAACAUCAAAGGAGCAAACAAAGAUGCCAAGAUUUAUGUUAGAAGGUCCACGACCCUGCACAAUCUUUUGUUUUGCGUUCAUACGUUAUGCAUGAAUUACGUAACCAGCACGUUUCUAUUGGUUAGUUCCUCAGUACAGAGUAAACAACUAUUGUGUUUUGUGCAGGGUCAAGGCCAAAAAAGAGAACAAAAACAUACAACAAAGAACUUUGUCGGGUUUCAUAACCAUUCCCUCUAUUAACUAUGGUUCGACUUGAUCUCUCAUGAUCGAAAACAAGGCAAAACAACGAUUUUUGAUGGCAUUCCUUCACAAGAUCGCAAAGGCUUUUCAGAUGUAAGGACAUGUAACAACACAAGGAAACAGCUGAAAAAUUAUGCUCUUGCCCAAACCGGUGGGAAGCAUGGCAAAAACGUCUUUCCUUCUAGUCAAAUUAUGCAGCCCAGAUUUUGCUCAAAUAACCCGCAUCAAUGUUUCGGAAAUCUUUGAGACAAUUAUCGAGAAUUCGAUUCACUGAAACCACGCGCGGCUGAUCUGCUCUCGAUGUUUAUUCAGCGCGAGCGAAGCCAAGUGAAUGAUGGAAGUGUUGAAGUAAACUGUCAAAAAUAAACCAAUCAGGGGGUAUACCAGAAGCUGGUAUACCGGAAUGAGGUAUUUAAAACAAUGCUUACAGGCUCCACCUCACUCUCUUUCCUCAGUCCUCCCGCUGUUUUUGGCGCUUUUUUUCGAUCCGUUUUCCCCACUAUCUUGGAGCCUGGAACAGGCUAUUGUCAAAGACGGUCAUAGUCCUUUUUUACAGCACUUCACAUAUUUGAUUGUGGUUAUUUACACAUUUUCCCGGCAAUAGCAUGUUUUCUCCAUUUUGUUGCAACAGAAGAUUCUCUAAAGGCCCGGAACUCCUAAGAAACAAAAUGCAACCCUUCUCAGAGGAUGUAA